AACAUACGGAUAAAAUACCUUAAUUGAAAGCACGUUCAUGAGCAAGUAGAAAAACAAAUUAAUGAUUUUGACGCAAAUGUCUAUUUUUACCUAGUUUUCUAUUUCCUGCAGUUGCUAUUUUUUGAUUGAGUUAUUGAUGUCCGAUCCAGGUACAGUCCAUUUCUCCCAGUCAAGCCCAGAACAUAAUCAACUGAACAAUUUUAACAGCAAUGUGUUAAAGCUGUUGUCCAGUAAUGGAACCACCAUUACACCAUAUGGACCCAAUAUACCUGACGCAGAGAUCAGUGAACCUAUAUGUCAGGCUAUAUUGUAUGAUGACAUUUCAUAUUCAAGCAUAAGAAUAUGGGAUCUGAUCAUUUUAGGGCCAAAUGCCCUCUUCUUGAUGUUCCUUAUUUGGAAGAUGAAAACUGCCAUUACAAAACUCAGGAGCACAGACAGUCCAAUAUUUACAGCUUUCUAUGUUAUGGUUUUAACAGUUGCAAUUAUUAGUGUGUUAAGAUGUAUUGUAGCAAUGACAGUAAAUGCUGCAAACCCUGCAGGAGAUAAUGCAGACAAGGCAAUAUGGUUGAUACUUAGAUUUUUUCUAUUGGCAAUGGAAAUGUCCAUAGUUAUUUUUGGAAUUGCAUUCGGUCAUCUUGACAGCAAUAAAAGUAUUCAGAGAGUUUUGCUAGCAACUACAUGUAUUGCUUUGAUUUAUUCAGUUACACAGGGUACACUAGAAUUCACAAAUCCAGAUCCUAAAUUCCAUGUCCAGAAACCAGGUCAAGGCAUAAAUGUCACAGCAAUAGAUUAUGAUAUAUUUGGACAUGGAGGCAUGAUCUUUUGGUUGACUAGUUCAUUAUUCUUUUUUGUGGUGUAUACAUGUAUAUUUAUUUUACCAUGGACUUCGUUGAAAGAGAAGCUGGCUCUUCCACCAAAGAAAUCCUUUUAUUGGUAUUGUUUUUUUCUUGCCAUGUUAAACCUGACACAGGCUGUGGGAAGUGGCUUGUUGUAUAAAAAUAUUGUGAAUGGCAUGUGUGUGGUUGAUUUGACUGCCUAUAUUUAUUUCACCUGUUUCGCACCGCUAGUCUAUAUGGUGUUCCUGCAUAAUUUUUUAAGAACAUCUCAGACAAGAAUAUUGUUUUCCUAUAAAAAUCAACAAGAUGAAGUAGCAGAAGAUGAUAAUGUUAGUAUGCCGUAUGCUGCCAACAGAAAAGCAGACGACACAGAUAGUUUUGUGGGAAGUUAUGACAGUACACAUUUUGAUCGCCAUAAUAUUUUAAGUACAAGUGUUCAGAACCAAUUGAUUGACAAUUCAAUGAACGCUAUAGCAGAAGACUUUGGACCACCCAGUUUUCCAUCAAAUUCAUUGUACCAAGCAAAUGCAUAGUGCUUAAUUGUGAUGAAAUCCCACUAAUGCAAAUCCAAGUGAAUUCAAUCAUUUUGAAUUCUGUCAGCUUUCUUAGUUUUCACAAAUGGCAACUAGAUAUACUUGUAUUCUAAUAUUUAUAGUUUUGAGCUUUGUUAAAACUAAUACUCCUGAGGUUCAUCAAAUCAAAAUAGUUGCAAUAUCAUUGGCUUUUUUAAUUUCAGUAUGAUGUGAUUCAUCUUUAUACAAUGGUAAUUUUGAUUAAACUUUCAGAUGAUUUUGAAGCUUUAAUACUGAUUUUGUUUGUAAAUGUUGUGAUGCUGA